GUUGAUACAGUAUGCUUAGAUUAGUAAAUCAGUUCAUUAUAAAUCAUUGAUUUUCUUUCUUUUUUUAACUUAUUCAAAUUAGUAGAAACGGUAUGACAAACGCGAACUGGUGUGUUAUCAGUUUAGUGGUUAAAGAAGGAGAAGAGCAUAGACUCAGAUUUAGUGAGCGUUAUAAAGGAAUAGGUUCGAAACCCAAGCUCGCUGACUGGAGUGAUGAUUACAGGUUUGAGGUUUAUUCUUGCCCCAGAGUAGUUUGCAGCGUGCUAGGGGAGGUACCCCUGCAGGUUACUGAUAGAAAACAUUGUUGUUUGGAUUUCUUAUAGCAGUGUUUGUGUUUAAUACAGAAGAUUCGGGUAUUUACCAGGAUGUGCCAUAUAAAAUGCAGCUGAUGUCUUUACAGCUCCCUCUGGAUGUACAGAAAUUUCAGUGACUGCUGCCACCUGAUUCACGCAUAGCUUUGACGCCAGUUUCUUCCAAUAGUUUAUUUAUGGAUGUAAUUAUUUUAAAAUAUUUGUGAUUUAAUUAAUUUGCAUUAGUUACUACCUUUACCUGUUCUCACUAAAGUAACCGCAGUUUUUAGUUAUAGUCCCCACUUAGUGUCUUUGCAGUCCGCAGGGUAUACUGUUGGAAUGGGAGCUGUUUCUGCAGGUAUAUUUUUAUAACAUUUUGACUGGUGCCAUUUCUGACUUCGUCACUUGCAGUAAUAGUAGCCAGUCGUGGACAAGUGUCCUAUGUACAGCAGAUUGUCGCGUGGUCACAAGAGACGGUGCAACUUGUAUUUUCCUCCUUGCUGUGGUUUUGGAGCUAAUUAAUUAACCCAUAAUUUCACCUGGGUUUUAAGAAAUGUGUGCAGUGUGUAUGCUUCUUAAAGACAUGAUAUUUCAAGUCGAUGGUUUCAUCAAAACAAAGUGAUCUGGUCACUUCGGUAAAUAAUAUAAAAGCUGCAGAAUUUACAUAGAGUACUUGUUUUGCUAAAGAUGGCUGAGCUGGGUAUUUUGAAAGAUGGGCUUGGCAGUUUUACUAAACAUUUUACAGGGAACCUGACAUUCGUUAGUUUCUUUACAGUCCUAAUUUGGCUGAUACUUUUCCACAUGUUAGUUGGAGGAUGGGUGUUCAUUAUUAUCUUCACUUGCUUGGUAGCUGCUGGUGGCUGGUUGGGGUCUCAUGCUGUUCUUAAUUUAGAGAAUAAAGUCUACUUGGAGAAAUUUAUCAGGUUAAGUAGCAGUCCACAGAGUCCAGACAGUGAGACACAAUUGGCAGAAGAAGUAAACAGCACCAUUAAGAAGAUUAUCCGAGAUUUUGUGUCCUCCUGGUACAAGACAGUGAGUUCUGAUCCUUUGUUUGAGCAGGAAGUACAAUGUGCAAUGCAGAACAUGGCAAAAGAACUCAAACGAAGGAUGGAACUGGUUGACAAAAAAGCUCUUGCCCAAAAAGUUCUGCUUUUGUGUGGCUGUCACCUAAAUUGCUUUAUUGAAGCCAAAGAUAGUGUCACACAGGCAAAACAGGUCAGGAUCUCAGAGGGGUUAUCCCAUUCCAUAGAUUCAAAUGUCUGGCAAGCCUAUAGUAAAACAGCAGGCUGGCAUUGGGCAUUGCAGUCCCCUGCCAUGGAAAUUGGCUGUGCCCGAGCUAUUGUUGAUUUACUGCUUCAUGUUCUAGUUCCCAGACCACAUUUAGAGACUCUAACAGGAUGCUUUGUUGUAGGGGAGCUGAUAACAUGCAACGUUUUGCUGCCUCUUAUUACUAAACUUUCGGAUCCUGACUGGAUCAACCUCAUUCUUAUUCAUAUAAUUUCAAGGACAAGUAAGAAAGGUGAGCCAGAAGUUCCAGAACAGCUUCAGCAGCCUCAGAUACCAAAUUCUUUGCCUUUAAAAGUCCAUGUGGAACCUCUGCCAGAAAUUAGACUGCCCACACCAGACACAGCUGAACUUUUAAGCUAUGAUGUGGUAGAUAGUGUAGAAUGUCUUUGCCAAGAAGCAGAUGAAUCCAAGGAUGAAUUUAGCUCCGAUUUUAGUGCUGAUACCAUAAGCAGCAAGGAGAGGAGUUUUUCCAUGGAAUAUGUGGGAUCAGAUACCCUAAAGACAUUGUUUCCUUGUGAAGACUUGGAGUUAGAGUCCCCAGUAUGUGACAUAAGAGAUUGUGAAUCCCUAGUUCUUCUUCCUGCAGAAGUCGUUUUGGAUGCAGUUCAUGAUUCUCUUGUUCCCCGGUUUGGUGUGAUUGCUGUAAGGCAAGAUGCAAGUGGGAACAACCAGGCGCAGGGUUGUACAGAUAUGUCGCCAUCUUUACCAUGCUCUGCUGGAUCUAGCCAAAAUUCAUGGUGCUUGACAUCCGAGCAUCUUGCUAAUGCACCAGAUUUGAAAGGGGAAGGCAUAGUUUCUUCUGUUGUUUCCAAGUCAUUACCUGCGCAUCCAGAAAUGUGUGUUCCUGCACAGACAUCCUUCAUUGAUAAGAUGGUGCUGCCUUUUGAGGCUUUGCCAAUUGAACCCUUGGAGCCUGAUUCAGUGGGACCACUGCAAACUUCUUCACCUACCUCUGCUGCCACAGAGAGUCUGGCAUCCUUUGCUUUUGAGCCACUCAGUAGCCCCGACAUUCCAGUGGUCAUUCAGAACAUGAGAAUAACUGGAACCAUCACAGCACGUGAACACAGAGGGACAGGCUUCCAUCCAUACACUUUGUACACCAUCAAGUAUGAGACAGCAGUAGACAGUGAAAAUCCAGGCAUGGUUCAGCAAGUUGCUUACCAUACAGUGAAUCGGCGCUAUAGUGAAUUCUUAAAUCUACAAACUCGUCUGGAGGAGAAGCCAGAUUUACGGAAAUUAAUAAAACACAUGGAUCUUUGCGCCUGUCAAAAUUCCUUUCCUAAUGAAUCUAUCCGUGCUAUCCACAUCGUAAUAAAAAUGGAUGCAGUUGUUUCUGUAAAUAAACUGAUAUUGGUUCUGUUAUCUAUCCAUUUCCUGAAUUUAUCUAAAUUUGUACUGGAUGAGUCUUGUUUUGCUUUACUAAGGAAGGGCCUGAGCUUUAUACCUAUGGCCAAUCAUGACUUAGUAUCUGCCCUAACGGAUUUGAAGCAGUUUGUUAGAAAUAUAAAUCUUAAAAUUUUGUUUAAAUCAACUGCUUUGAUGCCAUCUAUAUGUAAGAGACACAGUACUUAUAUACCGAUUAGUUUGCCAGUUACAACGGCCUUUCAUGACUUAUGUGAGAUUGAGUUACAAAAUUUAUAUGGUACUGACAUCAAGAAAAAGUGCUAUAAUUUAACAUAUAGUGAAUAUACUGCUUUGAAAAAUUUACAAUUAAGUAAUGAUAUAAUUAUCAAACAAGCAGAUAAAGGGGACGCUGUGGUGAUUAUGGAUCGUGACAAAUAUGUUUCAGCUGUCAUUGAUUUUCUUGAUGAUGAUGAUGCAUUUAAGUGCAUGUCUUAUAAUGAUGUCAAGAAGCAUAUUAGUAAUGUCAACUUGCAUGUUUAUGAAUUACAGAUUAAUAGGGAUAUAGAUUUAGAUUUAUUUGUCGAUGAUUGCUUUAUGGUGUGGAAGGGUUCUUUGGAUGAUUUGGUGGAAUUUAUGUUACAUAUGAAUACAACUACUAGCUUCUUAACAUUUAAGGAGACUGUUUCAGAAAAUGAGGCUAUAUUUCUUGAUGUCAAAAUUACUUUAGAUGAUGGUGUGAUACAGACUACUAUUUAUAAGAAUGAUGUUCACACAAUUAGAUACAUACACAGUGACAGUAUGCAUGCUCCGCAUGUUUUUAUAGGUGUAGUUAAGGCUCAGUUUGCCAGGAGUGAGAUGGAAUUAAAAGAAGAAAUCAUUCAAAUGCAAAAUGAGCUUAUGACUAUGUCCUGCUUUUCCAACAUGUUAACUAUAUAUCAACAGAUGUUGGACAGGUUGCAUAAUUUAGAUGAUCGCCUUGAAGCAGUUAAAAAACAUAAAUUACUAAGAGAUAUUGCCGAUUUUCAAAAAGGGCAUAUAUUUUCUUGGCCUAAAAGUGAUUCUAAAGGCGUUUUUGUUAAGAUGGUUCCUUCUAAGGGUACAUAUUCUGGUUCUACUUCCAUUAAUUCUUUAGAUGAAUUUCCUGAAGCAGGGACUAUUUCUGCUUCAAAUUUUGUUUCAUCUGCUACGCCAUUGGAUCAAUUGCUUGUAACCGCACCUUCCGUGUCGACGUCGUUAUCAGCUGAGAAGGAUUCUAAUGCGAGUGACGUAGUCUCUGUGAUCUAUGGGGAAGCACCAUGGGAAGAACAAGAGAGUGGUAAAUCAUCUACGAAGAAGACCGAGCAGCUGGUUUUGAAUUUUUCUCAAAGAUGCUUUCAGUUGGGUCAACCGGAGAAGCUAUGGAAACAUAAAGCAAUGCAUUUGAAACUGUUUCACCUAGUCUUAAAAUUGAACAGUGAACUGUUAUGUAACAGUAAAAGCAGAAUAAUUUAUGAAGACUUGAGGAGUGUUGAGGGAGCUGAAGCUGUCAAAUGUUCAUGGAUGCUGGAACAUGAGUGGUGUUUGUCUUGCAGAUGGCUAGAAGAACAAACCAUUGAACUGCUCUGUAUGCAGCGUUGGAUUCUGUAUCUUCAGGAUUUGCAGGAAGCCAUCUGGCCAGGAGGAUCUUUGCCAGCCCAGCCCAAACCAGUGAGAACACAGGAGCAGAAGGAGAAGGCACAUGAACAGGCCUUGCAAUGCCUCAUGGAAAUUGUUCCAGGCUGGAUUACUAAAGUUUUCUGCGCUGACAAAUGCAGACAAACUAGUGAAUUAAUACUGCAGUCAUUACAGGACCCUGUGAUAAACAGGCACUUGGUUUACUGCCUGUGGGACAUCUUGUUGGAAUUCCUGAUCCCAGAGUGCUCUGACAAAGGUUUUCAUGAUCUAAUUCUGGCUCGUUUGUCUGGAAAAGCUGAGAAAGGAGGUGUUUAAGGUGGACAGAAAUAGAUGAUGUACUCAUCAGUGCUAACGACUCAAACAGCAUUUUCGUUGGUGGUGUGAUCGUUUCCAUUCCAGUGUCUCUGAUGUAUGGUGGCUAAUAAGCAGCCAAACUUUUUUUCCUAAAUCCACUUUCUGUGGUAAUCCAUAAAAAUGGAACAUUUGUAAUAAUGUUGGAUACAGAUUGUACUGAAAUAUGCCAUAAGGAGGCAAUCCAGAACCUCAGAAUUUCUAAUUUUGUGAUAGCCAGAAGGUGAACUUUGUAAAGUGGCAUGGUACAAUCACAGAUGUGCUUCUGACAAGUAGCUAUAAUAGUUGGCAGUUAAAAUACUGAGUCUUGUGAUGAAAAAAAUGUAAAUUAAAACAAGUAAUAUGUACUUGUAACAAAUGCAGUGUAGUGUUGGAAAGGUUCAGUCUUUUGUUUGUGUCCUGGUCUGUUCAUUGUUAGCUGUAUAUUUUUUUGGAUUAAAUAAUUAGUGAUGCCCCCACCACCACCAAGAGAGGUGUCAACAUGUGGAUCCGGGAGUAGAGUCAUCUUGAGUUAUAGGUACUGCUGUCUGUGCCAACUGUUCUCCUAUCUAUUAUAUACUUUGUGUGGUAGAGGUGGCCACAGCCCAGGUGGUUUUAUGCACAGAAAACAAUGAUCUGACAUGAUGCAGUCACGCCACUACAGCCCAUAAUAAUAAUGACUUCCACUGUAGUUGGCUUCACUCUUGAAAUUUUCCCAGAUUUUGACAACUCCUCAGUGUAGUGAAUUCUCCUUAUCAUAAUUUCUUCUCUUGCAGUCAGUAAAUCAUUAGAGAGAGAACAUUCCUAGUAUCUCUCUUCAUACUAUUAACAUUACUAUAGUGUUAAGACUAUUUUUGUUAAUCUGCUUUCUUUGAUUCUGUACCAUUUUCUACUAAUUCAGGUGAGAUCUUCAACUUUUGAAGAGUUCUGACAUCCUCUAGUCUGUAGUAUUUUUCAUCAAUAUACCAGCUACCUAAUAGCACUGUAUUUGCUGACCUACCUCUGUGGUUCAUAGUUUUUGGAUUUUGUUGUGGCUGUUUACAUCGAGCAAAUGCUAAUAUGGGCCAGUAAUCCACUUACCACCAAAAAAAAAACAACAAGCAACAUACACAAGUUAUUAUUCUUUCAUGCUCCCAGGCCACAAAUAUGUUUUGUGUGUAAUGUUUUGGUGCAUCUCAUUUGGAUGAGCACUAUGAUAUUUAGAGUAGUUUUCAGCAAAGAAUGUUUAUUACCAACUGUCCCUCUCCUGAUGUCAAAAACAAGAGGAAAGGAGAGGGAGAUAACCCUGCAUUUACUACUUUGUCUAGGCAGUGUACUUUCCACUGUAAGAAACCAAGAUUAGACAAGGACAUGGAGGCAGUCCCAUUCCAUCCAUCACUUCCUUUUCUCCCCAUUUUUUGCUUAUGGGUUUGGAGUAUUCCAUCUAGAUCCACUGUUCACAACACUAGGUGGCUUUGUUGUUACUUAAACCUAGCAUCGAUGCUUAUACGAAAUAAGGGGAGCAGUGAUGGAAAGGUGCUCAACCUGAACAUUCCAUGAUUUCUGGCUCUACUCACUGAAAAGGAUACACAGCAUUUCUUCUAGCUUUCAGCAUUGUUGCCCUGCAGGUGCAACUCUGUCUUCUCUACCUUUUCACUCGCCACUACACUGCUCUUCUGUAAACCUUAAUGUGGACUUUGAGAAAUGGACUGCUUUUUCCACAUCUGGUUCUAGGGUGAAUAGUGACUCCAUUAUUUCCUUCUCGUAUCGAAGCUUCCUCACUGCCUUGGCUACACCAGAACUGAUACUCAUGGGUUUGAUACAGGUCCCUACAGUGGGAUGUAUAUGGUCUCCUGAGCUUUUGGCACUGCCUAUGCCAUGAAUGCUGUUUGUCAUCGCUGGCUUGUUUGGUAUGGACCGUUUUCAGUGCCCACAAUAACGAUGUAGAGUCCCAAGUCUGAUCACCCCUAGAUGCAGUUAGGGUCAGCAACAAUUUAGUUUGCCUCUCUCUGUCCUAGGCUGAGCAUUAACAGUAAGGGUUGUCCAAGCAGUGACUUGGAGGCUCAGAGUCCACUUUGUUUUGGUAACAUUGACCUCUGUGUCCAUGGAUUUGACAAGAAGUCCCAUUGUGUUCAGAUCAGGAGUAAACAAAGUAUCCGCCCAAUCUGUAAUACGGAGCGAGUUUCCUUAGGAACACAGUAGCAUAGCUAAUGUGGCAAAGGAAGCUAUUGCUCUGGUUGCAAAGUGUUAGGGGUGUGAUCGGCAGAUGUUAGUUGAUCUUCAGUGCAUGUGCAUUACUGCAUUCAGAAAUGAAUGUCCAUGUUUGCAUUUGCAGUCAGUACCGAAGCUCUCCUUGUGUGACAUAAACUGUAGCAACUGCUUGUAGCAAGUAAUGUGCUGCAGUUAAAAAGGAAAGUUUUUUUCAGUAAGUCUUGUCCCAAGAUUUCUGAACUGAAGGGCUAAAGUUCUGUAUGUGUGGACUGUUGCAAGUAGUUGCUAUAGAUUAAAGUUGAAUAUUCUUUUAUUAUUACAGUCCCAUCUCAGGACUUCACAACUGAGGCAAUUUAGCACUGUGUGUCAGGACUAUAGCAGCUGCUUGCUACAAAUGUGGGAUGACAGUAACCAUCCAUACUGACAAUAUGUCUGUUUCAUGAUGUAUUAAUAAACUGGGAGAGACACCCACCUGCCACAUGACCCAGACAGCCAUGGAACUGUGGGAAUGGACUCAUUAUUUUCUUAUAGUCACUCAUAAUCUUGAUUAGACUGAUUCCUCAGUGGAUUGUGAUGUCAAAUGAGUGAGUCAUUGCUCCCCUUCUUUUGUACAUUGUCCAGAAAGCCAAGCAGAGCAAAGCAGUAGUCAUCCGCAUUAGCCCCAUUUUGGCCCCAGUAAGUUUGGCUACUGUUAGAAAAAAAAUUGUAGUAGCAAAUUGAGUUUUUUCUUUUGGGCAACUUCCCGAGCUAUGGAUGGUUUUUACAGCUGCAGUUCCCAGUAGCUUGGACUGUUUUUGUCAAAUUUUUGAUUUAGGGCUAAGCUGCUCUUCAUUAGAUGUAUACUUAGCUUCGAUUUCCAGCUUUCUCCAAAGAUAAAAGCAUUCUCAUUUGGUCAUCUUGAAAGUACCAAGGAAUUCUUCAGUGGUUCCUUUCUCAUCAAACCACCAUUGAAAUAACUAGUAAUGUCAUGGGGCUUGGGGGAAAAGACUGCCAAUUCCUCAUUUUGCGCCAUCUUUUCAAAGAGACAAAGUUUUUUUUUAACAUGGAAGGCUUUAUUUCUAUUGCCAACUACUUUAGCUUAUAUAUGUUUUGGAACUACCUCUAGGAUUUGAAGGCACUCUAUCUCAUUUUCUAUAAAGACAGACUGUGUUUGUGGACUAACUUUUCAUUUAUGUCCAGGAUGGCUACUUAAACCAGUCUGUUUAACACCUGUCAGUAUUCAUCCUUAAAUAUUCCAUUAAAGGAGCAUAUUUGCUACCAUGUGUGUAGGCAUUUAUUGUUUUACUUGGAUAUUAACAAAUCAGUUCAGAAAAGAUCAGCUUUUCAUUUUUUAUGCAGAAAAGUAUAGCCUGGGCCAAUGAGUUAUUAAACUAACUUUGUCCAGAUGGCUUUUGGACUCUAUUAUGUUGUGUUAAAAUGUGGAAUAGAAGCCUGCACCAGUGGCAAUGAGGGAUGAAGACAUAACAUUAUCCUAAUUGACCUAAGUUUGACCAACAGUUUGAUGUUCAGGCUCGUAGGUUGGUUCUCACCCAAGUUUGUGCUGCUGCUAUAAUGACAGGUCCUUGGCUGGACAGGAAAGGGCUCUCAUUAUGCAGGAAGCUAGUGCUAGGAAACGCAUGGACACUGGCACUCAAAUGCGUGAGCAUGCAUGCUCAAAUAAACAGGACAUGGACAGUUCUUGCAGUGAUUUAAGUGCACACAUUACUGGCGAUUAGCAGAUUAUACAGAAAUAAAAAAAUGCUGUGUUUGCCAGGAUGCCAGACAGUUCAGUACAAAGCACCCUGAUGGCUGCCUGAGUGAUUGACCUCUUUGGAUAGGGUAGUGUCUUACUGAGCGGAGGCUUGAUGGUUGGCAGACAGAGAAAAGCAACAAAAAAUUAUGGAAAACAGUUGCAGUCUAAACUAUUUGAACACACUUCCAGGGCAGUAGGUACCUCACAUUCUUUAAAAAUGCUUUGCUAGAUGGUGUCUGUGCUACCAUGACAUGGGCAUCUCUUCACAUGUAAAAGAGUCUAAGUUGAUUGUGAUCUCACUGUCCAGGUUGGCCAGGACUAUUAUAAUCAGGAUUAUCCUGUCAUUAUACCACUAUCCAUAAUGUUUACUUGGUGAUUUUUCUUGUAGAUUAAAAUGGAUGAAACAGAUAUUUGUA